CCGGAAGCUGCUACCUUGACGUGGUGGUCGGGCUUGAACACUGCAAUGACCUAUUCAAGCUAUACUGGCUGAGACUUAUGUCUCUUGAGGUACUACCAUCUCAGGCAGGUUGUUUGGAUAGCGGUUAAACAAAAAGCAGCUACCCAAUCCAACAUAAUGACCAAUACAAAAUUACAAAAUUUCAUGCCGGAUCGGCCGUGGCCCGGAUUAACAACGACCGCGCUUCCUGCUGCCGUGUCACAGGGCGGGAGUGAUAAGUAUGCUACUGAGACACACCAAACAAAAAAGAACAAACAAAAACAGGCCGCGUGUGACCGGCCUCAAGCAGUUGUCCCCUGGGCUCUGCGGUCACGCAACCAACUUCCACGAUGUGGGCAGCCGGGAAGUAACAAUCGCCCUCACAAUCCUAAAUGCACACGAAACCUCUCUAUUACUCACUCAUCUUUGUUUUCAUCUUCAUCUCUAUCAUCUUGCCUUCCUUCCACUGAUGCAACUCCUCGACUUGAUAGCUCUCCACUUCCUGUGGAACAAUCGGGCACUGAAAACUACUGUGAUACUCUACAGCAAUUCUCAGACGCUUUUUAAGUCAUUCAUAGAAAACAAAACCUUAAGCUUAGUAGACAAGUA